AUGUCCGGGAAGCGCAGAAGCGAGACCGCGCAGCAUGCCCACCGCAAAAAGCUGAAGAAGGUCUUCAACAAGGCAAGUGAGCGAGCGAGGAGCAGACCGAGGCAUCUGACGCCAAGCGAGACGGCCGGGAUCAAACUCGGCGCAAUGUCCAGCGAUUCACUGCGAGCAGCCCCGAUCGACGACACCACGGGCCGAUCGCCGGCAGAGAAGCACAACCGGCCCUUCCAAGUUGAGCCCGGCAUGGUCGGCGUGUUUGUCUCAUGCACGCUGGGCCGCGAAAAGUAUUGCAUCAAGGAGCUCUACAAUCUGUUCGACGAGUAUGCAGAGAGGCUCUACGGAAAGGAUAUCGGUCUGCUCGACAAGCCAGGCGCAAGUCAAGGAAACGAUCUGGAGGACGACCCCGCAGAGGACGACGACGACGAUGAAGACGAGUCGUUUGAGGCAGCUUUUGCGAAAGAGGUCCAGGGCCUCAAGACCUCGCGUUCGCAAAAGCGGUUCGUGAACGUCAACAUCAGCAUCGAUUGCUGCGUUUUCAUGAAGUUUGCACCUCCGAUCGUGCCCACCGAAUUCGUCCACACCAUCCUCAGCGAUCUUUACGACACAAAACUCAAAAAGUGUCGCUAUACACAUCGCCUGAUCCCCAUCUCCGCCACAACGGCUGCGACCAUGCCCUCGGUCGUGAUCAUGGCCAAGAAUGUGCUGAAGCCACACUUCCACGACGCAGCCGAGCCCAAAAAGUUUGCCAUUGUCUUCAAGGCAAGAAACAACGACAAGAUCGACAGAGACGAGCUGAUUGCGACCCUGGCCCAGAUUGUCAACGAGACCGAAGCCAAGCACACAGUGGACCUCAAACAGCCGGAUCUGGUCAUCAUCGUCGAAGUGUUCAAGAGCGUUUGCGGCAUGUCCGUUGUGGAAGACUACUACAAGUUCCGGCGAUUCAAUCUCCACGAGAUCUUCGAAGGCGACGUCCAUGACGGCCCGCGCGAUCGGCAGCGCAAGUCCAAAGACGAUAAGGGAGACAAGACCAUCACAAAAGCGAAUGCAAGUGUGGAUGGUGCCGAGGACAGACCCGUCCAAGAUAGCGCUGAGUCAAAGGAAGCGCUGUAGAUUGAUGUUUCCGGAGGGCAGAUGCGGCUGGAGGAUGACAGCUUUGCGCUGCCGUGCUACACACCGAGAAUGCGCAUCAAGCCACAUAGCGAGAGUUUGUCGUGGACCCAUACCGAUCGCCAGCGGCGAUUCUUGCACAGUGCACUGUGUACGGCGCCGGGUGAUGCGACUCUGGUUCAUUGUCGAGUCAUUGAUGAGAUCGGGGUACUCUCGCUGGCGACAGCUCUGUCUGGACUUGAAUACACACAGUUCUAGCUGCUGCCUUUGAUCAACCUCCACGCAACAAGCAGCCUCGGAUCUCGACUCGAGAUCUGUCAA